AUGGAACAGAGGAACGUUCUGGCAUUGGGUGAACAUGUUCUGAAAGCUACCGUUCGCAAGCGAAAGCAUGAGACUGCUACGGAGCACCCUGAAGGGAAUGAUGCAAUGGUGUUCUCUCAGCAUGAUCCAAAAAAACACCCUGUGACAUUUGAUGACAGAGCUAAAUGUAAGAAGUCUAAAUUAAUUUCCUGUGGGAGUGGAGCUAUAUUGGAGUCAUAUCGGAACUUUAAGACAAGUGGGCUGCCUGUGCGUGUGCUUUUCUACCAACAUGGUGACUGGAGUGAUUUUCCAGAGGAUGUUGUCAAUCUAGCACAACAGGACUUCCAGUUGAAGAGGCCAAUUACUACUGCUGUGUUCCAGAACAAGCACAUCCUGUUGGACUUCAUUCACAUGAUUUGCAUAGAUUAUGAGAUGACCAUAGACAAACCACUGGCAUGGGUUGAUGAUCAUGGCAAACACUUCUUUCCAGAUUUAUCUGCUGGACUGUACACAUCUAAACCAUCUCAGCAUGAGAAAGGUGAAGCUGAUGAGUGUGAUGGAAUGUCAAGUGUAGCUGAAAGCUCAAGUUCGGUAUCUGUUGGUGAAGUAGUUUCUCAUAGUAAGAGGAUCAAUAAUAUUGUAGAGGACAACCUGAAAGCACAUAACAGGCUGUAUGAAGCUGUUGGUGAAAAUAAUUCAGGUCCUUCACUCCAUUUGAAUGAAUAUUUUAGUGGAACCAUACAAGCUACUGGCAAGCCAAACAAUGGUCCACGUGUGGAUUCAGCUGUGCAGAAUUUGUUGCUCAAAGGAUUAGGUCAGCCUUUUAGCGAGAAAGAUAUUAUUGGUAUCUAUAGAACACCACUGCUAGAUCAGCGAUGGCAAGUUCGUUGUGGUCUCUUCCAGAAGGAGGUCGAAGAGACCAGGAGUCGUCGGGGAAAUGCAAAUGUGUGCUAUGCUUGGCUUCCUUGCUCAAGACAUACCAUGGAGCAGAUGACGAUGCGAGGUGCUCUGGAAACUGCAAAGCCUCAGAAGGGGUCCAUGUUUGGUGUUGGGACUUGUCUUGCUCCUGCAAACUGUUCAAAUUCAUGUGCCAGAUAUUCUGAUUUUCAAGAAGAUGGCAUCAUCAGAAUGAUGUUGUGCCGUGUAAUAAUGGGUAAUGUUGAGGUUGUUUUGCCUGGAUCAAAGCAAUUCCAGCCAUCCAAUGAAAGUUUUGAUAAUGGGGUGGAUGAUCUUCAAAAUCCACAGAAUUACAUCGUAUGGGAUGCUAAUGUGCACAAACACAUAUAUGCUGAAUAUGCUGUUAUUGUCAAAGUACCUCACGUGACCAAUGAAUGUUUGGUCUCGAAGGAUAGCAUGCCCAACAUACCUGAGAUCAUAAGUUCUGGUUCUCCAGACAAUCUAACCAAGGACCAUAGGUUCCAAACCUUGGCACCUUCUGGUGUUGAACAAGAACCUUCUGGUGUUGAACAAGAAGCACCUAAGCUGGGGCAUGCUCCAAGGGCUCCCUCCUCACCAUGGAUGCCCUUUUCAAUGCUUUUUGCUGCCAUUUCCACAAAAGUGCCUCGUUCAGACAUGGACUUGGUCAUCAGAUGCUAUGAAGAAUUUAAGAGGAAAAGGAUGAGCAGGAGCGACUUGGUGAUACGGAUGAGGCAACUAGUCGGAGAUAAGAUAUUGGUUUCUACAAUAAUGAGGCUUCACCAGAAGUCCACACCGGUGGCAGCAGCUGGGCUACCAAGAGCACUCGCAAGGGGGAAGAGGGAGUAG